UCUACAAUUAUUUUUAUUUGAUGAAGCAGGCACAAAGCAAAGAUUCUCUACAUUCUACAAUCUCCGAAGCUACAAACAAUGAAAACUUAAAAUUAGGGGACCAAGUUAAAAUGAAAACUGGUGGCCGUGCUGGUGUGGUAGCUUUUGUUGGGCCAACAGAUUUCCAAGCUGGAAUUUGGAUUGGUGUUAUUUUGGAAAGACCUGAAGGAAAAAAUAAUGGAAGUGUUGAUGGACGGGUUUAUUUCAAGUGUCAAGAUAAAUUUGGAGUUUUUUGUCGUCCUAAUAACUUGGUUAAGUUAAAUACUCAAUCGGCAAUACAAUCUCCAUUAGCCCAAAGAUCACAGCAACAUAGGCGAGUCCCGUCACCAACAAAUUCAAUUGCAAGUUCUUUCGCUCCUUCAAUUGCUGCCUCACAAGUUGGAGGAUUACGAGAUCAUUCACCUUUUGCACAAGAAUAUGGGUAAAAAUAUUUUUUUUAACUUUAAAAAUAUUUUAGUUAUGAUAUUGGUGAUCGAGUAAAUACAAAUGAUGGACGCUGCGGAAAAAUAAAAUUUUUAAAUACAAUUAAUGGACAAGUAUAUGCUGGUAUUCUGUUAGAUAAGCCUGUUGGUAAUUCUAGUGGGGAAUUUAAUGUAUGAAUUUUAUUU